GCUGCCAAAAGGGAAGAUGGCCAGGCGCCCAUGGAGCAUGAUGGGUCUGGGGCCCCACCAAGCCAGCUGGGCUACGCCAGAGGCACAGUGAGCGCGCUUCUCACUUCGCUAAAAUACCAAGUGAAGGCAAAGAAAACCAGUGACUCCCAGAAGGAUGACGCACAGAAGGACGAGACUGAGUCCUUGGUCACCAACUUCUUCACCAGGCAAGGGAUCUUCGAAAUCGAGCAUAUUGACACAGCCGGCCUGUCAGAAAAUGACAAGGAUGAGAUUUUGGAGGAGAUCCUCUCCAAAUCUGAGAAGAACUUUGGCCACUCGAGGCAGGUGCAAGAGCACUCAAAGUUCAAGCAGUUGCACAAGUACCUUUUUGUUUACACCAAGGGCAAGAAGAACACUGAGGGCACAAGGACAAGCAGCAGCAUGUCAAGCACUGCUGCGGGCAUGAAGGGCAAGGCAAGCCAAAAGAUGGCUUUGGACUUGCUGGGCCGACCAGAGUUGGCCAGUUCUUCUGCAGCUGAGCAUGGCAUGUCUGCGUCUUUGUCUGAGGCCAAGUCUGAGUCAAAGAGCCUGCAAGCUGCGAGGGUUCGCCUCAGCAAGCUGUUGGAGGACUUAAAGCUCCUGACAGCAGAGAUCGCUGGCCUGAAGAAUAACAGCUGGGGCAAAAAGCUAGGAGAGUUGGAGAACGCUGACCAGCAGUUGUCUGGCUUUCUGUCAGAGGUGAGGACGCAGCUGGCCGUUCCCUUUCCAACCGACAAGCUGAAGGAAUUGAAUGAGAAGGCAAGCAUGCACGAGAAAGCAGUGAAGCUGAUCUACAAAACAAGCAAGAGUUUGCUCUCCUGA